AUGGCAGCGGAUCAGGUCAUAUACCUUGAGAAGUUCAUCGAGAGCACGGUACACGUACCUCCCGAGCUCCAGCGCCUCCUCAACACCAUCAAGGACCUGGAUGAGCGAUCAGAGGACUUGGGUGCCCAGAUCCAGGAUAAUGUGGAGGUGGGCCUGCAGGGCAAGCUGAGCAAGGAGCAGGCGCGGGAGCUGCUGGAGCGCAUUGAGGCAGACCAGAAGCUGCUGGUCCAGUUUGCGGAGGAGAAGGUCCAGCUGGCGAUGCAGGGCUACGACCUGCUGGACAUUCACCUUCUGUCCCUGGAUGCCGACGCCGCCGCUCUGGCCGAGGAGCUCCAGGCCAACGCCAGCCUGAACGACGCCUUUGGCCCCGACGCCGGUUUUGGCGGGAAUGGUGGCGCGUUCGACGACCCGGGGACGGCGCCGCGAACCGCCCGCCUGCGGGACCUGUCCUCCUACGACUCCCUGGAGGCCGUCACCGAUGUCAAGCCAGGCCGGAGGUCGACGCUGGGCCUCUCCCGCCAGCCGUCGGAGGACGCCAUGACGCCGCUUGCCUACGACGGUGGCGCUGGCAUGGCGGGUGGCCGGCGGCCGCAGUCCUCGGCCGGACGGCGGACGCCGCUGACCUCGAUGCUGGGCCCGCUGCCCGGCGGCGAGACGGGGGGGAGCUCCCACAUUCCCAAGCGCCGGGCGGCUUCCGCCGCAGUGCACGCCGCGGCGGCCGCUGUUGCGGCCAUGGACGAGGACGAGGGGAUGGAGGGCACCCCCCCCGCGAUCCCGGGCGUGGUGCCGGUCAUGCCCUUUGCCACGCCCCUCAUCCCAGGCUUCGAGCACGCCGCGGAGCAGCCACAGGCGCCCGGGCGCCUGCUCAUGGCCAGCGACAUCGGGCCGGGCCUGGUGGGGCGACGUGCGGAGCUGUACUGGCCCGACAACAACCUGUGGUACCUGAUCGAGAUCCGGGCGGUGAACCUGGGCUCCAGGACCGCCUCCAUCCUGUACACCACGGGGGAGGUGGAGGAGCUGGACCUGGACGAGAUUGUGAAGGAGGGCCACCUCUCCCUCAUCACCCCAAUCCGGGCGGGGCCGGGGCGGUAG